AAUUACCCAUUACCCCACUUUCUUCUUCUUCUUCUUCUUCUUCAAUAUUCGUCCCCAUAUCUUCUUUCUUCUUCGAUUCUUUAGGGACGAUUAUUUUUAAGGCCUGUUUGGCGGAGGAACCAAUAUGGGCUCAUGUGCUUCUUCGGCUCACAGAGACCAAGAAACGCAGAUGAAGAGGCGCAUCGGCUCCAAACUGAACAACCUCGUCACUCCGUCGCCCGUCGACGGCGACUGCAAGGUCACCGCCUCCGAUCGUCCGCCUAAAUCGCCGCCGUCUCCACUUCUCCCGCCCGCGGCUGCUUCUGUUGACUCUGACAGGGAAGACGAAAAAUUCUUUGAUUCCCAGCUUUAUUUGGAGUCUGAUUGUGAUGAUGACUUCCAUAGUGUUAAAGGAGAUUUCACACCGUCGAGAGGGAGCACGCCCAUCCAUCACAGGUUCUCGGCGGGACCCAUGUCGCCCAAGGUUAAAAGAGUGUUCUUUACCGAGCGGAUUCCCAUUUCUGCCCCUCUGAGGCCGCCGUCGGAGGAGAGGAAGAAGAGGCUGGAAGAGCUUUUCAAAGAGAGUUUAGGGGGUGAUAAUGAGUUUGACAAUGCCAUGAACGAACCAAACGCUUCGAAUAAGUCUGCAUUUGGAACCCCUAAUUAUUCGUCGCCUGCGGGCAGCUAUGCUGGGAGUAGUCCGAUCCAACAAACUAAACACGCUUCCCCGGGAGCGGGAAAACGGGCCCGCCAAUGGUGUUUUCCCAUUCCCAAGUCGCUGCUUUCGAGAUGUAGCUUUAGCGAGGCGAAGAAAACACCACCACCGCCACCACCUCGCGAAUAAAUAACUAAUGCUUAUGAGAUAUCGCAUGCGACCACCGACACUAUUCUGUGGCAAAAAUGCUAGGAACCCACCACGAGUAUCCCCACGAAUGACAAUCACGAAUGGUUCAUGUAUACACAACGACAAUUAUAUCUGUGAGCACAUAUAAUAUCGUCUUUAUAUGUAUGAAAUCGCUUGUGAAUGUCAUUCGUGGAGGCAACCGUGGUGGAUUUCUAGCAAUGUGUUUGUAAAUGUCUAUAAGAAAGAUAGUGUCAAAGGUGGUGUCGAAUGCUAGGAUGUACCCCAAACAUGGUGGAUAUAUAUGGGCAAGAAAUCCGAAACCCAUAAAGAGUGUGUGGAGUUUCUUGAUCAAGAGAUUUGAGUUGUUGUGUAUAUAGUGUAAUGGUGAAUAGAAAUAAAGAAAUGAAUUUUGAUUUCUUGUUUUUUAUCCAUGAGCGCGUAUGAUAUACGUACUUGGGAAUUUGUCUACUUGAUUGUCUUUUUUUUGAAAAGAUUUGUUGAAUUUCAAUGCCGAAUAUCAAUAUUUAGGACAUCACACAACACCCAUUCCAUGAAAUUAGAUUCAGAAUCAGAUGUUUGUGAAAGUAAAUGAGCAACAUGAUU